AUGAGAAACAAAGAUAUAAAUACUAUGUAUGAGGGAUUUGUUGAGGUUUUAUCUCAACUACGUGAAUGUGAAUAUUCUGAGGCAUUUCUUGAACCAGUAAAUUGGAAACGUCUUGGUUUAGAUGAUUAUCCCAAUAUAGUUCAUAAUCCUAUGGAUCUUAAGACAAUAGGAAAAAAGAUAAAAUCACAUUUAUAUGAAAAUGCUGAACAAUUUUGGAGUGAUAUUGAUCUUAUAUGGUCAAAUUGUCAAUUAUAUAAUCACGAAUCAUCUAAAGUUUAUCAACAAAGUAUACAUAUGGAAAAUACUGCAGAGAAUUUACGUGAAAUUUUUUUUCCCUAUUUACCUAGAAGAAGUUUGAAGAAGAGAUCAGAAAAUUCUGAUUUUCCUGUAGAUAAUUAUACAGAUGACUACCAUUUGAUGCUAAAACGAGCAUUAUUAUGCCAAAGGAUUUCGAAACUAUCACCAGAUUUGUUAGCACUCGCAAUCCGAUUUAUAUAUACAGAAUGCCCUCAAAUUAUUUAUCAAUAUAGUGAAAAUCGUAUUGUUUUGGACCUAGAGUUUAUUGAUGGAAAGCAUUUGACAUCUGUAUCUGCACUAACUAAACGACUUCUAAAGCUACAAUUAGAACACUGA